AUGUCUACACUCUGGAAGACGUACCUUCUGGCCUUAGUCUUUCUAGCCCCUACCCACAGCUCAGCUGGAUCUCCUUGCCGCCCACGGCCUCCAGGCUCAACCAUACAACCUAGUACAGAAGGACCCUCUUCAAGUAUUAGUGAGACUCGCUCUAGAAGCACCUUAGAUCAGUUCGUGACCAUUGAACUUCCACUGGCCAGCGCAUCUGAAACCGAAGGCACUGAUGGGAAAAGGUCUGGACAGUAUGGAGCAACUACAACAUUAAUGAGCUACCAUACUGAUACCCCGGGUAACGGUGCAAAGACGGGUUCCCUGCUUACCGAAGUUCGACCUCACCCGGAAAUUACAUCGUGGAGCUCCAUACCCACUGAAUUUGGGAGUUUUAUCGGCUCCCCUACGUCAGAGCCUACGGAAACGGCCUUCGUUUCAGCUACUCAGAUCGAUACUCGAACUGAGGUGGUUACUGCUCCACGAGAUAGAAACACCAGCCAGUCUGAUACCAGCCAUGUCCAACUUCCAUGGUUCCAGAGCACUCAAACUUCAGCCAGUCCAGAAGACACGAUCUCACACUCUUCGUCACCUCUUCAACCCACUAGAGGUCUAUCUAACUCCCAAGAUUUGCCUAUUCACACAUCAUUGCCAGAGUCUUCAAACCGAGCUAUCUCUACGGAUUUGACAGCUUCGGGUAGUGAGACAGUCACUAGUCCAAUCUCUGAGAUAUCUUUAGGCUCUGCUGAACACACAGAUAGUAUUGCAGCAACAAGCACUAAUCCAUCAGUUGGACAAGAGACGACAGCUCAAGAUGGUAGCCAAAGUGCAAAUACUACUACAGGUAUACUAGCAGAUUCCUCAAAUGUAUCGCUUCCUCAUACCCCUCAAUUAUCCGUCACAUCCAACCCUCGUACUUCGACUGAAAGUAUUGAAAGUCAAGACGACGCUGCUACCAGUACUGGAAAUAUUGAUACAGCCUCCCUCGACCCCACGACUUCAUUGUCAGGGGAGAUAAGUGCGUCAGGAGAACCUACUGGAUCAUCGCUCAGUGGAGAUGACAGUUCAGCGCUUUCAGGUACACAUACAGCUGUCAAGGGCUCUCAAGCCAUGUCAGAAGUGUCGACAAGCGAGAGUGAUACCAUCGUAUCAUCGGAUCCUGCCACCAAUGACCAAAGCGCCACGACCGAUGUGUCGAGCGAGCAGACGCGACCUAAUGUAUCUGAGACUCAUAUUACGUCAGGAACAGAAUCUGGAGGGCUACACAAUACAUCUCAGGGUGGGCAUAUCACAGACCCCAUUGAAGCUACUACUGGGGCAGCCGUCCCAAAGUCAACUGCAAUCAGUGAAGAGCCUGUCGUAACAUCUCACGAGCUCUCAGAGACUCCCAUUCAACAAACCGAAAUCACGGAUACUGAUGGCCAGGUCGUCACUUGGAGCGCAACAAGGGACCCCCAACACACUGACAACUUUCGAACCGUCACUCAGACCGACGACGACGGUGGCCUUAUAGUCAUGUUCCCUGGCGGCUGGAAGUGGUCCCCAAUCGGUGGAGGCAAGAAAGGAGGGCCAACCCCAACUGCAGAUCCUACACUAGGAGAUGACAAAAACGAAGAUCCUGACGAUGAAGAUGACGAUGACAGAGAAACGUGUACUUCCAGUGCGCCCCCAAAAUGCACCCUAACCAUGUCCUACUAUACCCAAGAGGAUGGCGUGGGAACUAGUACUCGGAUCAGCACAUGUCCCCCGGUCACAGGUUGCGUUUUGGGUGAGCAAAGCACAACCACUACCACGAUUGCCUCCGACGUUCCCCGCAUAUUAGGGCCUGCGCCAGAUGACUUUUAUGCACCCCCAAUCGAAUACUUUCCAAUGGAUGACGACCUUGUGGACUAUUACCUUAAUCUUUUCGAGACCAUGGGUAUUGCCAAUAAAGCCCAGGAGCCUGAAGCUCAAUGUCAACAAAGCAUCUUUGAGAAUAGCCCCGUGGAUUGUCUGGAACUCUUUUCGAGUCCUUUCUGUGAUGUCGUGAAUGGAAACGAGCAACAACGGGUCACGAGGAAUCUCACCUUUGAGGAUGUCAGUAAAAGGUUUAAGAGAGGUGUGCAGGCUCAUCAAAGCGCAUGCGUGUCGUACAUCUUCAACUUCGACUGGACUGGUGCGAAUGGAGAGUGCAAGCUUACAUGUUCCGAAGCUUUUGAUCUCCUCAAGACCCAAUGCACGAUGCCUGUCUUUGGUAGACUGGCUCCUGAGGGCACUCUGGACGUGGGCUGUGGUAACUACACUUAUGAGGGAAACCGGGAAGCCCUUUUCAACCCAUCAAGCAGCACAAUACUACCUACAACAACACCCUUCACCGCCAGUAUUUAUAGCACCGACAUCAUCGAUAGCACCACUAGUAUCGACAGCACCACUAGUAUCGACAGCACCACUAGUAUCGACAGCACCACUAAAAUCGCCAGUACCACCACGCUCGCAACAUCAACCGAGGAACCAGAGCCCACAAAAACAAAUGCUGAUCCAGAAAUCCACAAUCUUCAGUGCAACAAAGAGGAGAACUACCCAGGACAUGCUGCAAUUCACGAUGAAGCUCUUGAGUCCGUAAUCUCACGGGCGUGUAGAGACAUGAAGAAGAAAGGUUGGCAUAUGACACCUCGGGAUGAACCUGUCAAGUGGGAAUAUGAGGACUAUGAAACACAUAAGCAUCGUUUUACUUGGUCUUGGAUUGAGGGUUGCACCGCGGAGACUGAAGAUGUUAAUCUUAGUGAUCCACUAGAUGAGGGGGAAUUGGAUAAAGACGGCGAUGAGAGGUGUCUCUUCAUAUUUCAGAACGCCUGGGCAAACUGCAAUAAUGGUGGUGUCGGUGGUUCGCAAGAUGUUGGUUGCGUCCAGUAUUGGUUGGAAGCUGGUAUCUAA